AUGAAUUUGAAAAGUCUUCUGCCUUCUCGGCGGGUGCCUUCGGCAACCUUUCAGAUGGUUACGGGUCCCGACGAGUCUGUUCCGAAUGGCAAAGAGAAUCAGCCUUCGCCCGCAGGGGAUGCAAAUACCAAGCCUUCGCGCAUUGACAAGGGCAAGAAACGUAAGGGAAAAGAGCAGCCUACGGACGAGUACCCUACCGGGCAAGAUUUCGAGGCGCUGCUGAAUGAGCUCCAAAUUCCCGGUAAUAUGCGCGACAGAUUAGCUACUAUGGAUCCGACAGUCAAGGCAGCCUUCAUCAAGUCUGCAAAAGAAAAGCAAAACGUCUCCAAGCCUAGUGUGGGUCCUCUUACGCUACGGGGCCUUCGUAGGGCCCGCAGUAUCGACUCCAUCGAGAUGCCUCGGGAGUCCGAGGGGUAUGCUCUGCAGGGUACCAACAAUUCGAAUGACUCCUACGGACCCCCACAUGCGCUUACUCAUGAUCGUGGCGUCUCUGUCGAUGCUGCCCGACGUCCAGCUGUUCCUGCAAUGGAAACGAAAGCCGUGAAGAAGCUGCCAAAGGACAAGCGUGGAAAAAUUACCGCGAACACGCCAGAAGAGUGGUGCACUCUGCUGGUUAAUGUAUCGACAGUCACUCUUGAAGUUGAAGCCAUAAAGAAGUUACUGAUCCUUCUGCGGAAUGAGCCUACUAGCUGGACACAGACGUUCCUUCAAAACGGUGGUUACGCUGCACUGCUCUCUAGGCUGCAAGAGAUAUUGAACGUUGAGUGGCGAGAGGAACAGCACGACGACCAGAUGCUUCACGAACUUCUGCGUUGUUUCAAGGCGCUCUCGACGUCUGAAGUUGGCUGUACUGCACUCCGCAGCUAUUGUCCUACCCCGUACGCGCAAUUGGUUACAUUGCUGUACUCAGACAAGCGACCGGGCGAUGUGGCAUCCCGCCAUCUGAUUCUUGAAUUGCUCCUUGUGCUUUUCGAACUGUACCCACCGUCAGCGCUGCCAUUCGUAGGCGGCGGCGCGUCUCAGGCUAUCUCCUACGGGCAUGCACGAACCCUGUCCGCGCCUUGGGAGGCCAGUACCAGCAUGGCAGUGACGAGCAACCUCAUCAGACUUCCGGCGCCGCACAUGUCGCUCUUCUCCUUCAUCAAGUCGCUGCUGCUUACACCUGCCCCCCCUCCUGCUGAGCAGACCAGCCCUACAAUCGAGCCGCACGAGUUCAUCGAGAACCUCCAUCUUCCCAGAAUUUACAAGGCUUACCUUGAGGAGCUCAGCAACGUAUGCCGGGACUAUUUCUGGGUGUUCUGCCACGGGAAGAACACGAUCUGGGCUCUUGACCAGGUUGAUGAGGGGAUGGUUCAGCAGCCUCGGGCACCGGGCGGCAUGACCGGAGGUGUAGAGUUUGAGGCUAUGACGUACAUGACGUCGCACUUCAAGUUCCUGAAUGCCCUUGCUGAGGCAGCUGAGAGUCAGCGACUACCACCUAAUGACAGUCACUCGGCAGUACGAUUCCACACGGACAUGUUCCUGUCGGGUAUUGAGCGUAUCAUCGUGAUGGCUCGGAAGGCUUCUACUGCAUACUAUCCCACGCUACACCUUGAACUCGCGCGAUACGUUGCUGCUGCGAGCCGCUCAGGCUUCGAACUCCCUUGGGCUACAUCUCGGCUCAUUGGCGCACCACCACCGAACAUGUGUAAGCAGAUACCGACACUAGUGGGAAGGCCCUCGCGACCACAGACCCCAAGCAACGUCCGUAGUGGGUCCGCCUCGGUGCCGAGUUCACCAACUAAAAGGAGCACAACUCCUGCUGCGCACCCCGUGCCAGGUGCGCGCAAGGUGACGCCGAUGUUCGGUUAAACUUCAGCUUCAUGCACAAUAACGACGAAACGACGCCUCGGGGAUGACUCGGGUAUAGAUAGACGAAGGCCGUCGAGAGGUUCGACGCGCUAUCUAUGAGUUAUGGAAUUACGAAACGGUUCUAUAUUGUGAUAUGUAUCUUCUGCUGUCUACUAGCUUGUGUACUGCUGAUUUUGCAGGCUGCUGUCUUUUUACCUUGACUCGCGGUCGGCUAUGCAUAGCUAUUAUCGUCUAAGCGUUCUCGUGUACUUGUACUAAUUGUUGGGAAUGUAAUCGCAUGCUGAUUGC